AUGCGCUGUAUACGCACUGCACUGGCCUCUGGCCCUGCUGGCCACCGUAAAGGUCACAAACAACACAUGGAGCGUCUGCGUUCAUCGUUCGAACGGAGAUGGAUAACGUUUGGUGGAGGAACUCCUGUCUUGGAAGCUUGGCAGCCGGCCGGCCCCUCUGCUUCGCUUCAGCCUCAGUGCUUGCAGAUAAUGGCGAAACGGAACCGAUGCGAUGGAACUGUCGAAGACGCCAUUUUCUUGGGCGAUCCACUGGCCGGAGUGGAAAAUGACUGGCAAAGGAUUUUGUCAGUGGUCAGCUGGUGUGUGAUUUAUGGCUACUACAAGUAA